UUCCUCUCUGCUUUUCAAUGAGAGGUUGAGGUAGUGGUACAACUCAACGUUAGGUUAGACAGAUCUUUAAUUUCUCCUUUUUUUCUCUUUCUUCCAACAGCUGUGAUCUGGCAUAAUUUACUGCAAGAAAUCGAUAUUUCUUAUCGACUCUAUUCGUCUGGCUUCAACAUCGAUUCUUUUCCGCACUGUCACACGUUGACAGUUUUUAUACGAUUUGAUAUAGUUCUCAGUAUUUUAUAUAGCUCUCGACCCGCACAGCCGGUUUGAGAUUAAAAUAUUUUACUGUUGCGCGAAUACAGUUUCUUCUACACUUUUUCGAGGUAUCGCGAGGCUUCGCGCAAAUAUAUGGGCGACACAUAAAUACUAUCGCAUAAAUACUAUCUAAAAUCAAGAGAUAUGUCAGAUAUCUCAAUGGUGAACAGUAUUAUUACUAAGAGAGACCGCGAAUGUUUCGCGUGCAGAAUGAUCAGUGGUUGUGGUCUAUUCGGAUCUGGUUUAUAUGUUUAUCACCAUACCAAAAAGUAUCAAAAUCCUGCAGGACAAGCAGCGAUGUAUGCAAUUUCCUCUGUAUUGGUGCUUCUCGGCACAGCUAGAAUUCUGGAUAUACCACCGUUCCAGGAUCGAUUUAAACGCAAGGAAUAAACCAUUUAGAUCAGUAUACAGCUUCGGUAUACAGCUAUUGCACUUCGUAUGAAUAUGAAUUUAAAAUGACAAUAAUUUGUGCAACUAUUACGUUCUCAUGGCUUUUCAUUAUAUGGUUUGUCUACCUCAUGUCAUAUAAAUGGUGUCAUUUGAAUCUAGCUCUGGAAGAACUGGAGCUUCAAAGCAACUUUGGAUAUUGUGAUAUUUCAUAGAUACUUAUGAUAUUGUAUUUGUCAUGUUAAGAAAAAGAGAAAUUUUAUAUAAA